UCGUUCUUUGGUCCAAUUAAUUAGUGAGGUCUGGAGAUGAGAUUGUGUGGUUCAACAAGCUGCACUUUCAUAAGUCAGAAUAUCAGUUUUUACUCUCACUCCGCAGUUUUGCCCAGUCGAAAAAUAUGCUAUACGUUUCGUGAAAGCUGGAAUUUGGCUACAACGAGAACUGUCAAGAAGAGCUUGUUGGUACCUUGUAUUGCCCGAGUUGAAACCGCCCCACCCAACAAGGUUGUAGUGUCUCCCUCCAUACUUUCCGCGAACUUUGCAAAACUUGGAGAUGAAGUCAAAGCUGUAGAUGCUGCUGGAGCAGACUGGAUUCAUGUGGACGUUAUGGAUGGACAGUUUGUACCAAAUAUCACUAUUGGUCCACUGGUUGUAUCAGCACUGAGGCCCAUCACCAGGAAGCCGUUGGACGUUCACUUGAUGAUUAUUCAGCCAGAGUUGCGUAUUCCAGAUUUCGCAAAGGCAGGUGCCGACAUAAUUUCGGUGCAUGCUGAACAAAGCAGCACAAUCCAUCUACACCGGACUCUAUCACAAAUUAAAGAACUUGGAUGCUCUGCGGGAGUCGUUUUAAAUCCAGCUACACCUGCUUCAGCAAUUGAAUAUGUGUUAGAGUUGGUGGAUUUGAUUCUUGUCAUGUCAGUGAAUCCUGGUUUCGGAGGUCAAGCUUUUAUUCCGGAAGUACUUCCGAAGAUAUCACAAAUACGUAAAAUGUGUGUAGAGAGAUCGCUUAAUCCUUGGAUCGAGGUAGAUGGUGGCGUCAAAUCGAGUAAUGCUCAUUUAGUCAUUCAAGCCGGUGCCAAUGCGUUAGUUGCUGGCUCUGCAGUUUUUGGUGCAACAGAUUAUGGGAAAGCCAUUGCGGAAAUACGAAACGCUAAUAUCUAUGCUCCUUCUGCGAUGGUCUGAUAAAUUUAGGAAUUGUUCCACUUAUUAAGCUUGAGCAGUCGUCCGAUAUUGGGGGGAAGAAGGUUCCGUCAGUAAAGGGAUCAAUAAAACACCAACUAUGGAGAAAAGUGCUCCAACUGCCAUUCCGAA